AUGGGGGCAGAGCAGGCGGCCCCUGAAGGAUCGGACUAUCUGGGUCAGUCUGCUGCCCUCGUCGCUCAACGAUCGUCUGAGCAGCGGCAACGGCCCCUCCUGCCCGCCCACCCCAGAACACACCCCGAAACAUACCGGCAACCCGACCGGCCGUGUGCCGCCCUUGGGGACGGGCACGAAGCGGCCGCAAGAUCGGGGCCUGCCCAUGACCAGGGUUUCUCCACAGACCGUCGGAGGGAGCCCCGGCUCCCGGCCUGCUGCAGCCGCAAAGGCGCGGGCGUCGUUACCGCCGCCGGGCUGCUGCUGGGGGUCAUCGCCGCCGCCACCGUGCUCUUCGCCAGCUUCGGGCUCCCCACCCCGGAUCCAGCAGGGCCCCGGGCCUGCGUGAGCAGGGAGAACCGGACGGGCUUUCUGUGCGAUGACCGGGAGACCUGCAUCCCGGCCCGGAAGGUCUGCGACCGCCUCCGACACUGUGCCCGCGGGGAGGACGAGGCCCACGCGCUGUGCAACGACCCUCCGCGCAGCCUCCCCGGGUUCCUGCUUUUCUCGUGCGGCCGCCCUGGUGGCUGGGUGUACGCCGACCAGCGCUGCGAUGGCGUCAACCACUGCGGGGACUGCUCCGAUGAGCUCGGACCCCGUGCCGACUGUCCACCCUGUGGGCCUCAGGGGUGGCCCUGCCCCUCCACCUUCUACCAGUUCUGCGGGUGUGUCCCCCGACACCUGUGCCGGGACCAAGUCCAGCACUGCAGCGACUGGUCGGACGAGUUCGUCUGCACCCGCGCGUGACGGCCCUCGGCAGUACAACCCCACCUGUCCGGCCCACGGGUGUCGUCGUCACCAGGACGGUUGGAGGAACUGAGUGCCGGUCAACCUCAGGGUCAGGGGUAGACCGACACGGCUGACUCUCCCCUCUCCUUCCAUCCGUGGUAUUUAUUGAGCCCUUACUGGCCGCA